AUGAACGAUGGACCCGUCACCAAGAAGAUUCGCAUCUGGAACCCCGCCGUAGAGAAGUCUCAGGUUGGUCUUUCCACCAAAACAAUGACUAUUUGAGGUUGAAGCUGCAACAAAAGAAAACUUUCGAACGUUUUCAGGUGGAUGACACCGUCAUUGAGAAGCCGCUCGACUGCACCGCCGUAAAGAGUUUCCCCAUGAAAAACUUCUUCCAGGUGAAAAAGAAUGCCUAACUCCGUUUCCCAAUUUUUUUCAUGUUUAGAACUAUAUGCAACUGGCUCCGAUGAUGAUUAACUUGACUCAACAAAGGCAGUUGGAAGAAAUCGCGCGACGGCAACUCUUCGCUUCUUUUCAGAUGGCGACGCACGCCUCCCGACUCUCUGAACUUGCUCCAUCUCAAGGUUUCAUCUAGACUUCUGAGUUUUCAAAGCGUCGCAACGUGUUAAAACAAAAUUCAAAUGUUUCAGGGCCUUCUCCGGCGAAAGCAGCAAGUUCGACAGCCAAUCCGAUAGUUCAAUCUGUUUUGGGACAGACUUUGAUUAACGAGAACUGCUGCGCUGUCUGUGGAGCUGCUUUUCGGCAAGUUUCCACCCAUUUUCUAUGCUUUCAAAAAAGGCUCAAAUUGUAAUUUUUAACAUUUUUUAUUAAACAUUCCAAGUUCAGACUUACCGGCGACCUCGUUCAACACAUGCGAAACAACCACAGAAAGAGCAAAUUCAAGAGGAAAAAUGAUCACCAAUGA